CAAACUUUUUUAUUCAGCGUGAAACAUUAAUCAGCCGGAGCCUUUUCUGGUAAUUUCUAAUUUUUAGUUAAGUUUAAGCUUUCAAGAAACUUUGUGGUUAAAAAAAUCCAAUAAUAGUUAAGCAUUAGAUCAUUAAACAUGGCAGAGAAAGUUGGUACAGCACAAAAAGUUCAACAAUAUAAGGAUUCACUUAUUAAGAAGGCAGAAGAGCUAAUUGUUCAUGGAUUUCCAGCAAAAAUUGUACAACUCAAUGAUCUAUUAGCCACAGAAAAAUUUGCAGAGAGAAAUUUCAAUGAUGUUCAUCAAGAUCUUAAUAUCAACGUUCCAGAGCCAAUUGUUAAUGAUGAUGAUGAGCCACCAACAGCGAAACGUGCACGUGUUGAAGCAGCAACAGAUACAACUGGAACUAGAGUUAUGAUUCUUCCUAAUGGCUCUGUUAAAUGUAAUUUACCAAUCUGUGAAAUCAUAAAAGUAGUUAAGCCAGUAAUUCGUGGACUUGUCGAAGAUUCAAAUCUCCUCAAAAUGUGGAUCAGCUUUAUGAUUCCAAAAAUUGAAGAUGGAAACAAUUUUGGAGUUUCAAUUCAAGAAGACACAUUAGCAGAAAUUCAAUCAGUUGAAUCCGAAGCAGCUGCAUUUUUUGAUCAGAUUUCACGCUACUUCAUUUCACGUGCAAAAGUUGUGAGUAAAGUUGCAAAAUAUCCGCACAUUGAUGACUAUCGUCGUGCUGUUCAAGAAUUAGAUGAAAAAGAAUUCCUCAGCUUAUGGCUCGUUCUAAGCGAAGUCCGUAACCGCUACUGCUCACUUCAUGAUAUUGUUAUCAAAAACCUCGAAAAAUUAAAGAAACCUCGAAGUUCAAACGCAGAACAUUUGUACUAAAUAUACAAUGUUAUUUUUACAAAUUGUCCAUUCUGUUUCCUUGACAAGUUGUUUCAAUCAUGCACUAAGGGAUACUAAAGGCUAUUGAAUCAAACCCUAUAUUCCUUGACAAUUCAUUCUAUUUUAUAAUAAGAUAAAUAUUUUGUCAAUUUUGAAGAAUUUUUGUUUACAUUAUUAUCAAUAAUUAAUGUCAGGAUUAAUCAAC